AGCCCGGAUGUUAUUAUUUAGUGGGUGUUUGCAUUUGUGGGGACUUUUUGACGUAGCUAAAUACUCAGUCUUACGCUAGAGCAUGGCUUAUGAUCUGGCUCAUUCGCACGAUCUAACAAGAUUUGAAGAGCGCAGAGCAGAAGGCCGUGAGAGAAAAUCAAAUGGCGAUGAGUAUCAUAUAACGGUUCCACCAAGUAUGAAAAACGACAUCGCUGCACAAAGAUUUCAUCUAGAGGAGAUAGAAAGAUCACAACGACUUCAAGACUUGUCGCUCUCGAGCUCGAUGGAGCACUUGCAGGAGGAAAACAAACGUCUUCUGAGUCAAUUGGAUGAGUUGGCAAACCAUGAUUCCAGCGGAAUGGCCUCUAGAGUUGUGCAGUACAUGCAAGACUUGCGAAUUGAGAAGGACAAAGUUAGAACCGCAGAAAAGACGAUCAAGAAACUAACUUCUGAGUUGUCUCGUACGCAGACAUCGGGUGUAGAUGGCUCUGCUGACCACGAAUGUGAGAGAUUGAGGAAUGACGUUUUGCACUGGAAAAACAAGGCAGAAAGGUUGGAACGCGAUGUACAACUGAAAGUUGUCCAGGAUGAGAAAAUUGAAAAACUAGAAGAUCAAAUUCAGCAGUGGAGGAGUGAAGCAGAAGGAUGGAAGAGAAAAGCAGCAGAGAUGAAAGGGAACCAGGAUUUGACUGGAAGAAGUAGAAUUUCCGAUCAGGAAUACAAGAGAUUGAAAGAUGAACUUCAGCGCUGGAAGACCACUGCUGAUGAAUGGAAAUCUAAAGCUGAACAACAACCACAUCACUUUUCAUUCAGUGCAAAUGCCUCGCAUCCAGUACAAGAAUUGCAGGCUCCCCCAGUAAUCCCACCAAGAGACGUUGAUGUUAGAGCAUACCAGAAUCAAAUUAAACAGCUGGAAGAAGAGUUGGAAGCUAUCACAAAGUUGAAAAACGAACUUUAUGAUGCAAAUCAAGAAUGGGAUGGUCAGUACAAAAAGAUGAAGAAAGAGUAUGAAGUUCAAGUUGAGCAGUUGCAAAAAUCAUUGCGAGAGUUCCAAGGCCAGUUGGUGAAAGCAAUUGAUAAUACUGAUGAAGAGAAAACAAAGCGUGAACAGGAAGUAAGAAAGGUAACUGAGGAGCUCUCUUCUGCAAGACAGACUGCCGUACAAUCAGCACAAAAACUCCAGACAUUGGAGGCUGAUUAUGAACAACUACACAGAGACUAUGAAAUAGUGCAGGGCAAAUUGAGUCGUUCAUCAGGUUUGCUUAGAGAGGAGCAGAAAUGCACUUGCGAUUUGAGACGGCAGGUUGAACAGCUGCGGGGUCGACAGCAUGGCUUUCAAUCUGAAGAAGUGGAGCUUCUUAAGAAACAAAACGAAUUGUUCAGGGAUGAUUUUGACCGUGAGAAACGUGAAAAACUGCAACUUCACAGAGAUAUAGAAGACUUACAGAAAGCACUCAGAGAUAAAGACUUAAGCAGGGGUGGAAAUCAGUAUCAAGCUGAUCAGCAUAGAGACCUUCAACGACAAGUGGAACGUUACAAACGUGACUUGGAAAAUGAGGCAUUGGAGAAACAGAGACUGGAGACAGACAAACAGAGACUAGAGAGGGAAGUGACUCGUCUUCAGAAUGAAAUGAGAUCUCAGGAAUCUAGAUUGCCUGAUCAAAGACAUGAACUGCAAGCUUUUCGUGCACAAGCUGAGGUUUUUCAAACUGAUUAUGAGCGUGAGAGGGAGGAGAAAAAGCGAAUAGCAAGGCAGCUGUCUGAACAACAACGUGCUAUGAGAUCCCUCGAAACAACAAAUGCAGCAUUGCAGCAGCAGGUUACUCAGUGCGAAGAAGAUUUUGAGAAGGAACGUCGAGACAAGGAAGACUAUUUGAGACAGCUGAGAAGAGAACGAAGCGCCAGCAGUGGACAGCAUCGGCUUGGUGGUUCUCCACCAGUGGCAGCAAGGUUCGCUGAGGAAGAAAUCAGAGAACAACAAGAAGCUUGGGCAAGACAUGAGCAGAGAAGGAGAAGGGACUCUGAAGCAGCUCCUCCUGAGCCAAAUAUUAUUGGAAAUGUGCCAUGAUUAGCAAAUUGACAUGUUUGUAGUACUGUGUACUUUUCUGAUUAGCUUUAGUGCCUAGAGCUAAUUGGGUACAAUAUUUUUGUGAUUAAUUUUUUGUUUUAGUUAGGCAUCAUUUUAAUGAUUGUUGACUAGCUAGGGAUGUGUUUGAAUGUUUACAUGUGUAGUUGUGCUUA